CGGUAAAGGCGUAACCUAUGUUUAACGAAGCAUCGCUUCGUAACAUAGUACAUAUACGGUGUAGAACGAUAAUAAUUUGUGAAAAAAUGGAACAGCUGAUUCGUGCUAAGUUAUGUCGUAUUUAUAAUAAAACAAAGUUUAUCAGAUAAAUCUAUAUAUCAAUUUACAUCGAUAUAGCUUUAUUAAACGGUAAUUCUUGUCAUGGAUAUGUGUAUAUAUAAAUGAAACUCUUCGCUUUGAACUUUUAUUAAACUAUACACUGCAGUUGAGUGUAAACAUGGCCGUCGUUAUGCAUUGUGAUGAUCGUUGGCUUCAAUUUAUAUCCAAACAUGUCUUACAGUACAAACAUGGAAAUGAUGGGUGAAAGGAAUGUUUAAGAAGGAUUAAGGUUGGUAAUUGAACUAUGAAUGUAUUGAGGAUUUUAACUCCAUGUGCAUUGCAAAGUAGAGAAACAAGGGAAACAAAUAGUGAUAAUAAAAGAAGUUGCUGGUUCAUGAGUGGAUGGGGAGAAGAUGCUUCUCAUAUGAUCCAUAGAAUGGGUGCAUCCGCAUCUUCAAGUGUUGCAAGUGUUGGUGGAGAUUCAGUUCAAGCAGCUAGGCUUUCGCCUUCUGGCCACUAUGAUCAACAUGGACUUGCAAUUAGAGAAAGAAAAAAGAAAAUGACAGGAUUUGCUACACUGCGUAAAAAAUUUAUUAGAAAACGUCGUUCGUCUAAAGUAUGUGAUCACGGGAGGAUUUUUAGAGACAUGAUAUCAACAUGGAGUCAUUUAGAAGCAAUAGCACUUUUAGAAGAAUACGAAGCCUUAGCUGCUUUAAAAGAUCUUCAUGUUCAAGCAGAAUUAGCCAGACCUCCAGCUGCUACAUUCAAACAAGAUUUAUCAUUACUGUAUGACUACAAGCAGUGUUCUGAUGCCGAUCUUGUCUAUCAAGGUGCAUGCUUUCCCGUUCAUAGGGCCAUAUUAUCCGCACGUUGUCCAUAUUUUAGGGAUUUAUUAGCAGGAUACCCUGGUUACGGUGCUCGAAUAUGUUUAGAUUUGAGAACACCUAAUUUAGAAGUUCAGACAUUUUCUGCUUUAUUACGAUACCUCUAUACUGGUGAUAUUUGUCCACAUGAUGCAACAUUUGGAACAAAUAUAUUACAACGACUUGGCGAAGAAUUUGGGACAUUGAAUCCUUUAGAACAAGAUCUUAGAUACUUACUUGAUACUGGUGAUUAUGCUGAUGCUGCGUUAGUGUUUACAUCAGAUAGCGAUUGUCAAAGGCCAGACAGUGGGUGUUCUGAGUAUGGAUUUCGACCAAAAUUAGAGCUACCAUGCCAUAAAGCAAUACUUUCUGCGAGGUCGCCAUUUUUUAGAAAUUUAAUACAAAGACGUACUAAGUCAGGAGAAGAUCGUACGGAAAGAACGCUACAUAUACCUACUAGAAUAAUUUUGGAUGAAAGUGUAAUACCGAAAAGAUAUGCUAGGGUUCUAUUACAUGCUGUCUAUUUAGAUACCGUUGAUCUCUCAUUAAUACUGAGAGGUAAUGGUUGUGGAAAUAGUGCUGGUAGUCUUGGUGAGGUGCAGGCAUUAACUCAUACAGGGAGAAUGAGACCAAGUCCUUUAGAAGAAGCAAUGGAAUUAUAUCAAAUUGGUAGAUUUCUUGAGUUAGAUAUAUUAUCUCAAGGCUGUGAAGAUAUUAUUCUAGAUUGUCUGACAUUAGAAUCACUUCCUACAGUACUCAAAUGGGGUAGUCAACCUCAUGGAUCUGCAUGGGUGCACAGACAAGCAUUACAUUAUUUAAGAGAAGAAUUUCAACCAAUCGCUUCUUCAUCGAUUCUUCAUCAAUUGGAUCAUGCCCAUCUAGUAAAUGUUUUGCAAAGUCAUUUUCUACAAGCAAGUGAACUGGAAAUAUUACAGGCUGUUUUAAAAUGGGGCGAACAUGAACUGGUUCGGCGCAUGGAAGAUAGGGAACCAAAUUUAUUAAAUCAUACAGUACACUCUGUAACAAGAAAGGGUGUUAAAAAGAAAGAUCUUAGUGAUAUUGAAUUACGAGAAAUACUUAGUGAACUACUACCACUUGUCAGAAUUGACCAUAUCUUGCCACACAACAGUGAAAUAUUAACUCAGGCUAUCAGAAGAGGCUUAGUUUCUACUCCUCCUAGUCACAUGAUAGGAGAUGGAAGGGAUAAUAUACAUACAAAUGCCUGGAUAAGAGGUGGAAAAAAGAAUGGAUUUUUUGUCAGACCAAGAUUAUUCAUGCCUUAUUAUGAAGAAAUUAAGUCUUUAGUCGAAGAACAGAUAGUCCAAGAUACGGAUCUUGUCAGAUUGCAAAGAACACGAUAUGUUGCGGAUAUACCGGAUGCGCUAUAUAUGGUUGACGAAAAACCAAGAACUAUGGGCACUGCUGGCGUAGAUGUUCUUGCAGCUGCAUUUCCAGUGCCAGAUUCAUCAACAAUGGCUGCAAUGCUUAAACGGGAACAAAAGUUAAGGCAAUCCCCAAGUUGUCUACGAGCUAUAGAUCUACCUUUAUCUUCGCGAAGCGAAAUUAAUAGGCAAGUGCGCCUAAGGGUCGUUAGAGAAUUCAAUUUACCAGAUGCAGUAGCGGAUAUUUUAGAAAACACUGCAUCAUUUAUGAACCAGCAAGAUAGUAAUAUGACCGGAAUUGAAGAUAUAAACUCGCCGGAUAUGGAUAUUAACGCGAGAACUUCCGCACCUUCGUAUUAUGGAAGGAAUAUGACGUUUCCUCGGCCGGCUUCAUCUUAUGCGGAUAGACACGAACUUCCGGCCGUAGUUAUCGAAGGAGAGAAUAACAGACUUCUUGUAGAGCAACAAGAAAAUAGCUCUUGCAGCGAUGGCCAUCUAUCCGGAGUAAUGCCAGAUGUAGCAAUGGCUACUGCAUCGUUCGGAGCUUUGCAAUUGAUGGAACAUCAAGAAUUGGAUCUUGGCGAUGGAACGUCACAUAUUUUGCAACAUAUUUCACCAUCAACUGGAACCGUAGGUCUAAAUCGUUCUUCGCUUCCUCGUCAGCAUCAAGGACAUAUUUCCGCCCCACCUCCUCUGCCAUACGCGUACCAACGUACCGUCACUGCCUUACCGAGGUUUAUUUAACAUUUAUAUACAAUAUGAAAGAAAUGAAAAGAAUUCGCUAAUAGAGGACGAAUAUCUUCUUUACACGGCGUAUCUGAAAGAAAACUAAAAAGAAAAAAAAAAAAACAAAAAAAAAAAGAAAAUAAAAGAGGAAACCUUGUUAUUGCGGGUACAAAUCUAUUACAAGAGAAAAAAAAAAACACAAAAGAAAACAAAAGAAAAAAAAAAAAACAAGAAAAAGAAAAAAAAACAGAACAAACCCAGAAAAUCUGUAUUUAGAUUUUAAUAAGGUCGUUCACAGCCUAAGAAAGUAGUUAAUAUUAAGUUCCAUUUAUUUCGAUAAUUAUAAUAAUGUGAAAAGAGUUAUUGCUUAAUAGUUAUUAGAUGCACCGCAUGUGAGGUAUAAUGCGGCUGUGACUUAUACAUUUGUGAAACGUGAAAAAUGUUUGUGGCUAUGAGCACACAGUGAAAAUGUGUUCAUAAUGUAUGUGGGUG